AUGCGUCUCACAGCGUCCCUCCUCGCCGCCGCUUCCCUCUCCACCUCCGUCACGGCUUUUUACCCCUACAGUCUCAACGCCGAAGUCUCCAUCAGCGGUCCUCUUCUGUCCAACCUCCGUCGUCGAUUCCUACCGUGGAAACUCCAGCAAGAUGACUCUGAAGAUACUCAGUCCGGGUCCAACAACCUCUUAACCCUCGACCUCCAAAAACUCCCUGUCCGCCGCGACAACGAUUACAAAGUCGUCAUGUCCGAUCCCCCGUCCCAAUCUAACAGCGCGGCCGUCAACCAAGACGGAAACGACUUCUCAUACUUUGCCGUGGUGCAAGUUGGUUCGCAGAAGCAGGAGAUGCGGAUGUUACUGGACACGGGGGGAAGUGACAGCUGGGUGUUUUCCUCGGACUGCUCGAGCACAGCUUGCAAGCAGCAUGAUAGUUUUGGGGAAGGCGCAUCAAAUACUCUGCAGAUGACCAAUACGGCGUGGACGGUGCAAUAUGGUACGGGUACGGUGAAUGGUCUUGUUGGGUGGGAUACUAUUACCAUCGCGGACUUGACAGUCAACAUUACUUUUGGGUUGGCGUCGAAGGCGUCGGAUGAUUUCCUGUCGUAUCCGAUGGAUGGUCUGUUGGGUUUGAGUCGGACGAAUGAUACUGGAUUUGGAACUCCUACGUUCAUGGAUUUUGUGCAAAAGGGGAACAUGCUGGAGUCGAACAUUGUCGGAUUCAGUCUCUCUCGGGGUUCGGACGAUAAACAGGGUGGAACUGUUACCUUUGGUGGUGUCGAUGAGUCCAAACUGGACGGUAACAUUACCUACACCUAUACCAUUUCCUCGAGCAACCGCUGGGAAAUCCCUGUCGACGAUGUCACCGUUAACGGUGAGGCCUGCAACUUCACUGGCAAGGGUGCCAUCCUUGACACAGGUACAUCGUACAUGAUGCUACCUCCUGACGAUGCUAAAACAGUUCACUCGCUCAUCCCCGGUGCCACAUCGUCCGGCCAAAACUUCGUCCUCCCUUGCGACUCGGAUGCUGAAAUUCGCAUCACAUUCUCUGGUGUCAGCUACAACAUUUCCCCCAAGGACUACGUUGGACAGAAAGCCGGCGAUAGCUGUAUCUCCACCAUUGUGGGAUACCAGUCUUUUGGCGAUGACGAGUGGCUUGUGGGUGAUGUGUUCCUGAAGAACGUCUACUCUGUCUUUGACUAUGAUAACAACCGCAUUGGACUUGGUGGUAAAAAGGGCGAAACCGCGCCUGUUGUCACUUCCGAGGAGAAAAUGGAGGAAGCCGAUAGUGUCGAGGGCUCGGAUGCAGGUAGCGAGGCUGAGACCGCUUCGUCAUCUGGAUCCGGGUCUGACGAUGCCUCUAGCAAUACAUCAUCUGGUGCUUCUGCUAGUUCGACGGAGGCUGACUCUGGUGCCGUGGCCGCAGUCCCACGCCUCGGUUGGCCAGUUUUGCUGGUGGCUUGCAUGUUCUGGGCGUAA